GUUUGAAACUCGAUCACUGCCAUGUCUGUCUACGUGUUUUCAAAAGUUACACAUUAAUUUAUUACGAACUGCGAGUCGAACCGUUGGCAAAUGAAAUCGUUGCUGUCAAACCGACUUCUACGAGAGGUGACGACUGUAUAGUGUAUAUUCAGCGUGAAUUCUCUCUCUUACAGGUAUUGAAAAAAUUUUUUGCUAAUAUGAAUGAGUAAUGUCAUUGUCGUUAAUAAUACAUUGGUCAGCUUGAUAUUUUGAUUUCUGGUUAAGGUUGUUCGUGAAGAGUUUAACACAGUUAACAGAGGAGAUACGCUCUUUUGAAUUCAUCGCUAACAGUACUUAAAAAAUCACAUUCAAGAAGCUCGUUAGGGGAGAAUUAGAUAAUUUAAUAGAGAUAUUGCGAUGGCGAAAAUUUUGAUGCUCCGCUUACGUACAAUAUUUUCAAUUUUAAGAAUUUCAGCCCGAUUUGAGUGGUUUUGAUCGUAUCUUAGUGAAGUGUAUACUGUAUUGUAAAAAUGUAAUACUAGAGUCGAUUGGAGUUCAUGUUUUGUUUAUUUUCUGCCUGUAUGAGUUAAAGCGACGUGUCAUUUACAGCCUAUUCAGAUUUCUAUUUAAUUAAACUAUCAUUGCUCAUGGAGGAACGAAAAUGAAGCAAGGAAGAAAUGGAAAGGAAGAGGAGAUUAAUUUAAGAAGAAAUAUGAUCUGUAUGAGGAAAUGUAGGGAUAGGGUUUCUUCUAGCCCCAUACUAAUCGAGAACAAAGCCCUGGUCCCAAAGGUGAUCUAAUGUCUUUUUUUUCUCCAUUGUUCUUUUAUCGAGAGCCGUAUGUAUCGAGGAAGUAUGAAGUUAUACGGAAACCUUGUCAAAGUAUCUCAUUUAGUCUCCCCUUUCACUUCCUUGAUCUUAGCUGUAAAAGAGCAAUUGUAAGGCCUUUUUAGUUGUGAUAAACUGUGACGGUGACCUAAUCUCAUCAAUAGUGUGUUUUGAGUAAAAGGGGAAGCAGUAGCCUUCAAGCAUCUAAAUUCAUCUUUAUUGUUUAAAAUCGAUCUGAGGUCUAAUAGCGGUCAAAUCUGAAGGGUGCAUAAAUUUUUCCCAAUUAUGGAAUUAAGGGUGCAAGCGCUAUUUUGUUUAGUGAAGCUUACGGUUGCUUGCAAAGAGACUGCUAUCGAUCAAGAACACAAGCUAUACAAUAAGUCAAUCUUUGGGUGUAAAAGUUAAUUACUGCUGACAGAGUGUGGCAUAGAAAGGGUCAUUUACUUCAAUAACUCUAAAGCCAGUCUUCCUUAAAUUGCUUCCUCUCCAAUGUAACUCUUAAUCUGAUACUAUCUUACAAAUCAUACUUUAUACUGGAAAAUUUUGGUAAUAUCUGAUUUAAAAGAGAAUAGGCUUGGUCUAUCAGAGACAAAAGGGUUGGGAUGGGGACUGUAUCCCUUUUCUCCUAACUGUUGACAGUGAGUAAAUUGUGCUCCAUUUGACAAAUUUUACACUUUAUAUUUCAUCUUCCUACUCUUCCCCCUUACUAAAAAACAAACUUGUAUUUUUGUUACCAAAACUUGCUAUGUUGGUGUAGAAUAGUUGAUGGAAAGGAAGGAAGGUUUUUUGCUUUGAAAAAUUAAUUGAAUGCAAAGUUUCUUUUUGUCUCUGAUUAUAGCUUUGAUACAUUGUCAAAUUUAGCAGUUCAAUAGUAAUCUUUAAGACUUAAGGCGGAUGAAACUCUCUCCUGAUGAAAUAGGGAAUGGUAAGUUGCUGGCUACUUUUAAAUAAAAUCUCAAAACUUCCUUCUCUAAAGGUUGGGUUACAUUUUCUUUCCUUAGAGUUAAUUGAUUGUAAAUUCUAAAUGAUGUUAUUAUUUUUAUAGCGGAGCUCACAGUGUAGCCCCAUAAUUAUACAAAAUAGUAGUAACCCAUCAAGCCGAAAAAAUUUGGAUGUAUGACCGUAUGACCAACCAUACAAGGUGCUACUUUUAGCAUGUGCAGCCAACUGUACCACAGGCACUAUUUUAUAAUCAAUCCUCUACAUGGACACAGAGAAGUUGCAAAUGAAAAUCCAUUAAUAUUACCACGCACUUUAUUCAUAGUAGGGGCUUUAGUUUUGUUGGAGAGAUGUGCGGGAAAAAAAUGCGAGCUCCACUUUUAUGCUUGCCUAAAUCUAUAUAGUAUUUUUAAAAUUUAUGAAUACCUUGAAGCAUUAUUGGAUUGUGUCUAGAAACUGUGCAAUACAUGUACAAUACAAUUCUGUUAUUAAUAACUACAACUAACUAUGAGUUCUUGAAAUUACUUUCAGGUUUGAAUGUAGACUAAAGAGCUUAUGGCAAUAUGACAUUGAGUAAUAUUUACAAACCUGAAGCAAACAAGUUUUCACAUCUUGGAAGUGAAGAGGAUGAUGAUUCUGAUGACCUCGAUGAUGAAAUUGAUGAUGGCUAUGGGACGGCAUUACUUAGCCCAACAAGAAAUGUACAAAAACAGUUAAUGCCUCCAAACAGGACUACAAAAAUCAGGAGAGCACAUUCAAAACCUUGGUGCACAACUAGAGCUUGUUUUGUUUUCUUUCUUUGGCUGGCAUUUUUUUCUAUUUGCAUUACUGGACUUGUGUUGCUCAUUCUACAAGCAAUUGAAUCAAAAUCCAAGGAUUCUGAUGCCCAUUUUGUGAAGAAGGUUCUUACAGAUAAACAAGAUGGCUUCUUGAAUGACGAGAAUAAUUUUGCGCCAUGUGAUGAGCUUGAAGCCACCAAGGUGUGGCAUGCAACAAUGCCAAAACUUAUGACAGAAACUGCCGUGCGACUCAAUGAUGUGAAUGAAGAUGGAGUUGAUGACCUCAUGGUUGGCUUUUCAACUGGUGUAGAUGGCUACAAUGCACCAAAGAUAUCUUGUGAUCUGUAUUUUAAUGGCACCUAUCCCUGUUAUGGUGGCCUUAUGGCUCUUGAUGGAAAAACUGGCAAACAGUUAUGGAGACAUUAUACCAUGCAUGAAAUCUAUUCAGUAAACUGUAAUGGUGAUUUAGACAUGGAUGGUGUCCGAGAUUGUUUGAUAUCUGGAAGGGCAGGAGUUUUUCAAGCCAUCAGUGGUAAAAGAGGAGAGCUUAUUUGGAAUUUUGGACCACAGGAAUCUAGAGAUACCAACAUGAACUUGUACACAGCUCAGUUCAUCAGAGAUUUGAAUGGAGAUGGGGUGAUGGAAGUUCUUGUCACACAUGGGGGGGAUCCUUUGGCGUAAGUUGAUGAUAUUGCUCUUGAGUUUUCUCAAUUUACAUAUAUUCAUUAACAAACCAUUGCUAAUACCCAUUUAUAAUCCUGAGAAACGAGUAAUUUGCCAUCAGGAUGGUCAUAAUCUUCUCAAUUAUGUGGAAACCAGGCUAAAGAAAAUGGUUCUCCUGCCAAAAUUUCAAAACGAUAUUUUGGAAUUUGGAAUUCCCCCCCUCCCCAAAUUCCCCCCCAAAAUAGGAAUUUCUUGGUUGUCGAUAUUUGUAAGGUACUGUUAAUUAAUUCAUUUAUUUGUAGCUUUUUUUUUUUCUUGGGGACAGUGUUCUCUAAUUUAAUAUUUUUAAAAAUGAAAUCAUUAGCAACUGAAGAUAAGACAUGGUGAAUUAUGUGCUUUUAUUGUUUCCCAGCGAGCCCAACAGUCCUGAGCGUCUGGUUGGACGUCUUUUAAUAUUCUCUGGCAAAACUGGAGAGGUGUUAAGAUGGGUGAGAACUCCAGAUGAAAGAGAAACUUACUUUUCUCCAGUUAUAUACACAAAGAAAGAUUCUACCGAGCUUGUGCUGUUUGGUACGGGUGGAGAGACACACCCAGGAGGGCUCUAUGUUGUGCCACUGAUAGAUCUCUUCCAUGGCUUGAUUGAAAACUCUAAGCUUAUCUACAAAGAUGAUUAUAAAGGUAUGAAAAAAAUCUAAGUGUAGAUUCUACAGACCUACAACCUUGGAUUUUUAUGUUGGAAAUCAUCCUGCAACCCCUACCCAUUCAAUGUUGGAAAUAAAAUGUAAUCAAUGAGAAGACAAUAUGUAUAAUGUUUAAAUGGGGGAAGCAAACAGUUGUGUUCAAAGUUGGAACUUGCUUAUCAGGUGGCUUUUUAUCAGCCUGCCACUUUGAAUCUCUUGUUUUCUCCCCUUGCUGUCCCACUCUUACAUUGACCUGCUCUUUCUGUUGGCUGUUGGCCAAGAGAAGUGUGCACAGUGCCUCAUCAUAGAAACCAAUUGUGACUUCAGACAGUGGUAAAGUUAUGCACCAUUCACUUGGCAAAACUGAAAAUUAUAUUUGGAACAUCAAAUGGCAUCAACUAGGUAUUAUUCCAUUUGGAAUAUUUUGCACUUCAUUCUCAGGGAAUUCGCCUCUUGCAAGGCCAAUCUCAGGUUUCAAAUAUUUGCAUGACAUCUUUAACCAGGUGGUUUUAUGUAAUGAACACAUUGCCACUCUUGUCUUAUGCUUGAUGUACGUUGGUGACCAACUGAGUUAAUACCACCAGCUGACUAAAUUUUUAAAUGGUUAAACAGGAAAUAAAACAACAGCUGUAUGUGUGGUCAACUUUUUGUAUGCGUGGUCAACUGUUUGUCACCUUCAGCAAUUCUGAUUUUCUAAUUGUCCACAAAUCACCCAAGGCCAUGGCUUAAUGUCUUUCCUCAAAAGAGAAAUAUUUCUGUUUUUUGAAUUCAAAAUUUUCCUUUCAUAUUUAGGGGUGAUGAAUCCUCCUGUUCUUGUGGAUUUGAACAAUGAUGGAACUGUUGACAUCACCAUGGCAAUGUACAACACAACUGUCAUUGCUUUUGAUGGAGAAAACUACAAGAGGUUGUGGCAUUUUGUAUUCCCAUCAAGUGAAUCAUAUACGUAAGUUCAUACAUUAAUCUUCAGCUUAGUGCUAGAAGUUGUCAGUCAUUGCAUCUUUUUGCCAUAUUACGCUAAAUAAUGUGAUAUGUCUAGAAAUCUCAGUUCACCUUUUAAAAUUGAUCAGGAACAAAACUGACAGAAAUCACCUGUCCAAACCUUUUAAUUCCUUGUACUUGAGGCUGAUACUGAUACCUUGGCUUCUCAUUGGCUCUUUUGGAUGUUUCUCUGUGUCCUGCUUGGCCAUUGUGAUUACUUGAGUCAGGUUUUCAUUGUACAAAAGUCCAUUAAAAAAAUGCUACAAAUUUAAAUACAUAUUCUCUCUUUGAUAUUAUGAAAGGUCACCAGCAGCAGGUUUCUUCAAUAAGGAUAACACAACUGACUUUUUGGUGAGGUACAACUAUGGAUCAGGAUUUCCGGUUUAUUUUUACUCAAAUGUGAGUGGGUUUAAAAUAAUUAUGCAUGGUCAAGUUGAACAGUGUGAACAGCUUUUGGAUCUUUAUUUUUAAGACAACACAUCAUUACCCAAAGGGAGAGGUACUCGCUCAAAUGCACUCUUGGGGUCUUGUCUCGAAUUUGUUUUUCUACAAAACCCCAAACCUUUGUAUUCUUUCUAACAAUGCUGUACCACUGAGCUUCAGAAAACUGCGUGAAGAACUGCUUUUGAUAACUUCUGCAUGCCAGUGAGUGUUAAGUUGUAUUGUAUUUUGACUUGCUCAAAAUGUCCCAGUAAGAACAUUUGAAAAUAUAGGGUUUAUUUCCUUGUUAAUUUCUCAGCUGCUUGAUUGAAAAGUAGCCAAGAUUAUUUUUAGAAGAAAUCUCAGCCAUCUGAACAAACAGUUUUCAUUCUUCAAGGUACCAUGUCACCCUCCCCCACCUUGAAUGAGAAAUUUUCUAAUGAGAUGCUGUUGUAUGGCACCUCCCUCCUUUCAAAAAAGCCAUCUAUCCUCCACGUGAGACAGUCUAAUUUUUGAAAUAACUUUUGACCAACAGGUGACAGUGAUUGAUGGCAAAACAGGCAAGCCGUUAGUCACACCUUUCAUGAAGUCAUCGUCAAUGUGCAACACGUCUCCCCUGACAGCUAGCAUGCAGGGGCUUGGUAACGACCUGUUUAUAUACUGGGUUUCAGACUGUCUCGGCCACGAGGGCGAGGGAGGAAACUUUGAGUUUGUGGAAGGAACGAACGUCCAUGAGCAAAGCAGAGCUGACACUUGCAAGCUGCGAUAUAAUGCAAAGAGCUUUAGUAAGCUGCGGGUGACUAAUCACAAUAUAGGCUUUCCUGGCAAAGAUAUUUAUUAUUCAGGUGAGGAAGUUAAAAAUCUACUUUUUAUGAGAGUUGGAUGCUUAACCCUUGACUCUUUAACAUCGGUAUGAAUAUUCUCCAUACUACUCCCUUGACAUUUCCAAGGGUUCUGAGAAGGAGAAUUUGCGUAACGAUCAAGAGCUUCUUUAGUUGGUGAUCAUCUCCUCUAUUCUCAUGACGUUAAUGUUUGAUUCAGGGGUGAUGUUGUAAGGAGAAAUCAGAUGUUGGUCACUCUCACGGAUUAAAGGGCUAAGGCGAUUAGUAAUAUAUAGAUUUAGCCAAGCCUAAAAAGCGGAGCUCGCAUUUUUUUUUCCUGCACGUCUCAAGGGCACAACGCCUUGCCCCGGCUAGAACUAGAACCCGGGUCGUCCGACUCGGAGCCCAAUGCACUGACCACUGGACUACUGAACAAAGCCGUGGCGUUGGCGUGCCCGCGGUGCAGUUGACCACGCAUGUUAAAAGUAACACCUUGUACGGUCGUGCGGUCGUACAUCCAAAUUUUUUCGGCUUGAUGGGUUACUACUAUUUUGUAUAAUUAUGGGGCUAUGCUCUGCGAGCUCCGCUAUUAGUAUCCGAGCAACUGCGCACCUACCCCUCCCCUGACCCAACAUUAACCCAAACUUGUUAUCAGUUUACUGAUGUCAGGGGAGAGGAUGGUGCGAAUUUGCUCAGAUAUUGACGUAGAUCCGUUAUGCCACAGUUGUAGUGAUUCGCGCAUUCUUAUUGGAUAACUUGGAGGCGACUAAGCAAAGCAUUGUUCUCCUCCGAACAGCCUGAGAAUGACCAAAUGACCUGCCCGUCUUUGCCAGUGACAAUCCUUUUACAGCAGCUAGCAAAGCCCUCUGCCAUUUUUUCAGAGUGCGCACAUGGUAGUUGCUGUAGUGUGAAUAAACGUGUCAAGAAUUAACACGUAAAGUAAGAGCUAUUUCAAUGUUUAUCGCAUUUUCAGAGGAUUUCCAAGACAUAGAGCAUGAAAGUCUAAGAGAGGAAACUGGCAGCAAACCAAACAGCAAAAACUCCACAUUCACCUCACGAAGAAAACGACACAUUGGAGUACCAGAUCACGGCGGGUAUCAGAGACUUAUUUCAACAGGUUCGAUGGCCACUUCGCUUGGAGAAGAAGACAAUAAAGGAACAAUGGACUCCAUCGAUGUGGUUUUCACUACCUACUGGCAGUAUCCAGCUAAAGUACGGAUUAUUUUACCAGAGGACAAGGCUUGUAUUGAGAAUUAUAGAAAUCUCAGCAGAGCAGGUAAAUUGCAAUCACUUUUUUAACAUUAAGGUAUUUUGUUAUGGCCGUACUCUACUGUUACAUCAGUCCCAGGUCGCUUUAUCUCCUAUCCACACCUUUUGAGUGAAAAGAGCUUGUGGAAGGGUCACGGAAAGAAAAAUUAAGUUUUUUUAUGUGGCUUUCUUUACAUGUUUUUACCGCGCCAAAAACAGAAAAAGCUGUUGUUUCUCCCAGCAAAAUAUUGAAGAGUGCUAUUUGUUUAUAUUUAGUUUGUUUUGUUUGUUUAUUCGUUUGAUAUUGUUGUUUUGUUUGUUUCCGAUUCGAGAAAUUCAUCGUCAUUUGCAACAAUUACGAGAGUACAGACCAGACUUCAACUUACGAAAUAUCUUUGUGAGCCAAGACGUAGAUCUGCUACGUGUGAUAAGAACAACUUUGCGCAAAUCUUUGUCCCUGCAUUGCAAUUUUGUCUCGAAGCAAAUCGUAACAAUUCAAACUGGUGGGAAUUCGUUUUGGUGAUCGCAGUGAAGAGGCUGCAGGUUGUUUACGCGUAAAACGGUAAACAACAAUUUGGUUUCCUCUUUUUUAAAUUAAUGCAUUUGAAGAAUGCGAAGCUUUUCGCUCGACUCUACGAAUGAAUAAUAGCAGAUAACAAAAGGUGAAUUUUUCUGUCUAUUUGUCAAAUCAACAGGGAAAUUUGAUAAUGACGUUGAUGAAGACAAGAAUGAAAAACUUGGAAUAUAUGAUGCAGGAGAUUCAGCCGUGAAUGAGUGCCUCAAGAAAAAGCAACAUCAAACUGACAAGGAGCAAAUAUUUGUCAGUCAAUCAGACUAUGACUUGUACAAAGUCCACUUUGGAAGCCUGACCGUGUAUCGUUUUUCCUUGAAGUGCAAAUGCAACAAUCUGUCCCCUUCCAAAAAAUGUGCCAAGUUUUUACCUAUGUCCGAGCAAGGCUGGGGAGGGUACAUGGGAACACUAACUAAUGGUUUUUUUAACCCAAGGAAAAGGCCCUAAACGAGGGGGAUAUGUAAGGAUCUUUACCGAGUAUACGUUGAGUUCCCCCCCCCCUACUCUACAAAAAUGGGCCUUAAGGACCGUUGUGGUGUAACAAUGGCCAUCGCCUUUUUUCUGUCCAUUUAUUCAAGUCUGGCCUCACAACCAACCUGCGCUUUUCCAUUACCUUCUUGAUCAAAUUUGUUGAUUUGAUUUAUGUAUUUUUGCUCUUUUCGAAUUUAUUGCGCUCUUACUGCGCCAGUUUACGAAAGACUCGCGUUUAUGAAAAGUUCUAUUAGCCUUCAUGGUCGCAGAUUAAUUUUCAGUCAUGAUGAAUCUUUCAGUAUUGGGAUGAGAGUUGGUAACGUUUUAAAGGCUGAUGUAUUUUCAGUCUCGUAGUCAGCGUAGAUUUCAAUGGCUGUCAUAAAAUUAAAUUAAAAUAAAUAUAUAAGUACAAGUAGAUGUACUAAAAAGACAAACUUUACACGACAUAAUUUAUUCAGAACAACUGAAGUUAAGAUAAGCCUCUACUGGCGAGAAAUUUGACCAACUUCAUGAUAAUAAUUAGAAAUACGUUUUUAAUAAAAUGGGUUUAUUUCAAAGUCUUCAGGUCUAUCAAGGUUCUUACCUUUCUCCUCACGAGAAAGAUGUUGCAAUCUAGGUUGUUAAAUAUCUAAAAGAUGAAUCCCUUAAAUGUCUUUACGAAAACUUCAAGACUUCAUCUAAACAGAAAUCCUUUUAUCAAAAGAAAGUGUCACAAA